GUGACUCAAGCUCUGCGAAUUCAGUUAGUCUACUACAACUAUGAAUGCAUUGUGAGUGGCUUGUGGGCAACAGAAGCAGACCUUUAUUUGGCAUUUGUUUCUUUUUUCGUCGCCAAUGCAAAAGGAAAUAUGCAGCGACGACUUACCUUGGUCUUUGUUAGUUUUUGUGUUGGGUUUUGCGCUGGUUCAAGUUUCCCAAGUAAUAUAAAUAUAGGGGGAUUGUUCCCAAACGGCUCACACGAAUAUGAGGUUUUUCGGUUUGCACUCUCUCAUCACCAGGAUAUCCCCAAACUGGUACCACAAGUGGACAUGGUCGACACAGCAAGCAGCUUUGCUAUGACAUAUGCAUUUUGUUCACAGUUUUCCAAAGGAGUCUAUGCCAUCAUUGGAUUGUAUGACAGGAAGACCAUGAACAUGCUCAUGUCGUUCUGCGGGGCUCUCCACGUCUGCUUUGUGACACCCAGUUUCCCAAUUGAAACCAACAACCAGUUUGUGAUCCAGCUGAGACCGGAGCUUCAGGAGCCCCUUAUUGCCCUGAUUCAUCACUACAAAUGGACCAAGUUUGUCUACAUGUAUAGCUCUCAUUCAGGCCUGACAGUGCUGCAGAAGAUUCUGGAUACAGCAGCAGAGAGGACAUGGCAGGUGACAUCAGUAAACCUGGACAGUGGUAUGGAUCAGGUGGCCUUCCUGAAGGUGGUUCAGGACCUAGAGAAGAAGAAGGAGUACAACAUCAUCCUGGACUGUGAGCUGGAGAGACUCAACUUGAUCCUCAACCUGAUCGCUGCUCAGAAGAAGAACCUAAAAAAUUACCACUACAUAUUGGCAAACCUGGGAUUUUUGGACAUGAACUUCACUGAGUUCCAGAAGAGUGGUGCCAACAUCACCGGGUUCCAACUAAUGAACUACUCAGACGAAAAUGUCAGCAAGGUCAUAGAGGAAUGGGUGGACUUUGACAGCAAAGACCUUAAGCUACCCAAGAGAAGACUGAAGUACACGGGAGCCCUCACAUACGACGGAGUGAGCGUCAUGGCAACCGCCUUUCAGAACCUUCGGAAGCAGCGUAUUGACAUCUCCCGGCGAGGCAACGCUGGCGAGUGUCUGGCCAACCCACCAGCUCCCUGGGGCCAGGGUAUCGACAUCCAGAGAGCCCUACAGCAGGUUCGAAUUGAGGGCUUGACUGGACAUGUCCAGUUUAACGAGAAAGGCCAUCGGACCAACUACACAGUCAGCGUCAUGGAGCUGAGCCCGAGUGGACCGCUGAAGGUGGGCUACUGGAACGAGAACGAGAACUAUGUGAACACAGCGGUAUACACGCCGGUGGUUGAAGAGUUCUUCGGACUGCAAAACAGGACCUACAUAGUGACCAGUAUCCUUGAAUCUCCAUAUGUGAUGCUGAAGAAAAAUCAUGAGCAGCUGGUGGGGAACGAUAAGUAUGAGGGCUAUUGUGUGGAGCUGGCCGCCGAGAUCGCCAAGCAUGUGGGCUAUACUUAUAAACUGGAGAUCGUAGGGGAUGGAAAGUACGGAGCCAGAGACGCUGAGUCCAAGAUGUGGAACGGGAUGGUGGGCGAGCUCGUUUAUGGGAAAGCAGAUGUAGCAGUAGCCCCGUUGACCAUCACCCUGGUGAGAGAGGAGGUGAUCGACUUCUCCAAGCCCUUCAUGUCCCUGGGCAUCUCCAUCAUGAUCAAGAAGCCCACCAAGUCAAAACCUGGAGUCUUCUCCUUCCUCGACCCACUGGCCUACGAGAUCUGGAUGUGCAUCGUGUUUGCCUACAUCGGUGUGAGCGUGGUUCUCUUCCUGGUCAGCCGCUUCAGCCCAUACGAGUGGCAGGGGGACGACUCAGAGGGAGAGGAGGGCCAAGAGCAGCAGCAGAGACAUCAGUCGUUCAGUCCCAGGAGAGAGCCAGGACAGUCCCAGUCCCAACCGGGACAAAACCAGGGCCAAGGACAGGGCCAGUCCCAGUCCCAACCGGGCCAAAACCAGGGCCAAGGACAGGGCCAGGGCCAAGGACAGGGCCAGAGCCCGAGUGAGGGGCACACCAAUGAGUUUGGGAUAUUCAACAGCUUGUGGUUCUCGCUGGGCGCCUUCAUGCAGCAGGGCUGUGACAUCUCGCCAAGGUCCCUCUCUGGUCGCAUUGUAGGGGGAGUGUGGUGGUUCUUCACCCUCAUCAUCAUCUCGUCCUACACGGCCAACCUGGCUGCUUUCCUCACCGUGGAGAGGAUGGUGUCGCCCAUAGAGAGCGCUGAGGACCUGGCCAAGCAGACGGAGAUCGCCUAUGGUACUCUAGACGGAGGCUCCACCAAAGAGUUCUUCAGGAGAUCGAAAAUAGCCGUAUUUGAGAAGAUGUGGUCCUACAUGAAGUCUGCCGACCCGUCAGUGUUCGUGAAGACCACAGACGAGGGCGUGGUGCGGGUCAGGAAGUCCAAAGGGAGGUACGCCUACCUGCUGGAGUCCACCAUGAACGAAUACAUCGAGCAGAGAAAACCCUGUGACACCAUGAAGGUGGGAGGGAACCUGGACUCCAAGGGUUACGGAGUGGCCACGCCCAAGGGAUCGGCACUAAGAAACCCAGUAAACUUGGCAGUGUUAAAACUGAACGAGCAGGGCCUGUUGGACAAAUUGAAAAACAAAUGGUGGUACGACAAGGGAGAGUGCGGCAGCGGAGGAGGUGACUCCAAGGACAAGACCAGCGCUCUGAGCCUCAGCAAUGUGGCUGGGGUGUUCUACAUCCUGAUUGGAGGGCUGGGGCUGGCCAUGCUCGUGGCCUUGGUCGAGUUCUGUUACAAGUCCAGGAUCGAGUCGAGGAGGAUGAAGCAAAUCAUCGAUGCAGCCAUGCUGAGUUCCACCCUGAACCGCAUGACCAGGACAGGGAGCGGGGGCGAGAAUGGACGAGUGGUCGCCCAUGACUUCCCCAAAGCGUCACAGACUCUCCCCUGCAUGAGCCAGGCCGCGGGCAUGUGAUGGGGCAGUCCUUCCUCUGCACAGACCCCACCAAAAAGAGAAAUGGAAAAGAGGAGGGGGGGGGGACUACAGCCAAUAGGAUUCACUGACUACUGCCAAUAGGAUUCACUGACUACUGCCAAUAGGAUUCACUGACUACAGCCAAUGGGAUUCACUGACUACAGCCAAUAGGAUUCACUGACUACAGCCAAUAGGAUUCACUGACUACAGCCAAUAGGAUCCACUGACUACAGCCAAUAGGAUUCACUGACUACAGCCAAUGGGAUUCACUGACUACAGCCAAUAGGAUUCACUGACUACAGCCAAUAGGAUUCACUGACUACAGCCAAUAGGAUUCACUGACUACAGCCAAUAGGAUUCACUGACUACAGCCAAUAGGAUCCACUGACUACAGCCAAUAGGAUUCACUGACUACAGCCAAUGGGAUUCACUGACUACAGCCAAUAGGAUUCACUGACUACAGCCAAUAGGAUUCACUGACUACAGCCAAUAGGAUUCACUGACUACAGCCAAUAGGAUUCACUGACUGCAGCCAAUAGGAUCCACUGACUACAGCCAAUAGGAUUCACUGACUACAGCCAAUAGGAUUCACUGACUGCAGCCAAUAGGAUUCACUGACUACAGCCAAUAGGAUUCACUGACUACAGCCAAUAGGAUUCACUGACUACAGCCAAUAGGAUUCACAGACUACAGCCAAUAGGAUUCACUGACUGCAGCCAAUAGGAUUCACUGACUACAGCCAAUAGGAUUCACAGACUACAGCCAAUAGGAUUCACUGACUGCAGCCAAUAGGAUUCACAGACUACAGCCAAUAGGAUUCACAGACUACAGCCAAUAGGAUUCACUGACUGCUCACUCUGAAGAUAGAAACAACAAACAAAAUCACUUUUGUAAAGAGACGGUUUAUUUGGAUCUUUUCUGCUGCAAUAAAGAUGGCCGUCUUGGACUUUAAUAGAUGGCAUACUUUUGUGUAUCAAAAAGAAAAGAAAAAGAGAAGUUCUUCCCCAACCCAAUUAAUAGUGACACUUUUUGCACUAUGUCAGUUUUUCUGGUCGACAAUUCAGUUUUUCUUGUCUACUACUAUCAUUAACAGUCAUGAACAGCUACAGUGGAGCCUGAAAUAAUUGAACCCCUUGAUAAAGAUGAGCAAUAAUGUAUCAAAUAAAGAAUUCAAAUACUAAGCUAUAUUGUAUGCAACAAAAAUAAUGAGGAAAUUAUAUUAUUUUAUACUAAUAUCUUGGAGAAAGAGAUUCUGUUUGAUAAAUUAACUACUUUUUUCCUCAGAAAAGGGAAAAGGGUCAAACCGAUUGACACCCCGAAAGAUUCUUAUAAAUAAAUUAGUCAAAAGUUUAGUAUUUAGUCCCAUAUUCCUAGCACGCAAUGAUUACAUCAAGCUUGUGACUCUACAAACUUGUUGGAUGCAUUUGCAGUUUGUUUUGGUUGUGUUUUAAAUUAUUUUUGGCCCAAUAUAAAUGAAUGGUAAAUAAUGUAUUGUGUCAUUUUGGUGUCAUUUUUUAUUAGAAAUAAGUAUAGAAUAUAUUUCUAAACACUUUUACAUUAAUGUGGGAUGUUACCAUGAUUACAGAUAAUCCUGAAUGAAUCGUGAAUAAUGAUUUGUGAGAAAGGUCAAAGGUCAUUCCCCAAAGCCAUGAGGUUAGCAUGUUUUAGGGGUAUGACCUUUUGAGUAAACAAUAUAGCUCAGCAUUUCAAUGAUUUAUAUUUUACACUCAUUAAUGCUUAGCUGUAUCAAGGGUGUCAAUCAUUUUGCCUUGUGACACAAAAAUGUCCAAUCCCAAACAUUUGACUACCUAUCUAUAGGUGCAUACAGUAUGUUGAAUAAAACUACUGCUGAAUGUUUUCACACAUCACAUAGGAAUGGAUGAUUUCUGUAUUGUUUCUCACAUGAGCCACUUUGUCAACGUCACUGCAUUGAAAUUUCAUUCCGAUUUCCUCUCUAAUUAUAUAUAUAUAUAUACAUAUAAUAUUUCCUGCCCAACACCUGACAUGGAGAAUUCAUUUACAUUUUGAAAUUACUAUAAAACUACAAUAUGACAUAUUUCAAAACCAUUUUCCCUAUUGUGUUCCCUUGUCGUGUAAAUAUGUUAUAAACCACCAGUUUGUAGGUCAUUACCAUUUAGAGGAGUGAGUCAUUUAACAGACUCUCUGAUCCAGAGCCAGUACAGUAGUGAGUAAUUUAACAGACUCUCUUAUCCAGAGCCACGACAGUAGUGAGUCAUUUAACAGACUCUCUGAUCCAGAGCCACUACAGUAGUGAGUCAUUUAACAGACUCUCUGAUCCAGAGCCACUACAGUAGUGAGUAAUUUAACAGACUCUCUUAUCCAGAGCCACUACAGUAGUGAGUCAUUUAGCAGACUCUCUGAUCCAGAGCCACUACAGUAGUGAGUCAUUUAACAUACUCUCUGAUCCAGAGCCACUACAGUAGUGAGUCAUUUAACAGACUCUCUGAUCCAGAGCCACUACAGUAGUGAGUCAUUUAACAGACUCUCUGAUCCAGAGCCAGUACAGUAGUGAGUCAUUUAACAGACUCUUAUCCAGAGCCACUACAGUAGUGAGUCAUUUAACAUUGUCUCUUAUCCAGAGCCACUACAGUAGUGAGUCAUUUAACAUUGUCUCUUAUCCAGAGCCACUACAGUAGUGAGUCAUUUAACAUUGUCUCUUAUCCAGAGCCACUACAGUAGUGAGUCAUUUAGCAGACUCUCUGAUCCAGAGCCACUACAGUAGUGAGUCAUUUAGCAGACUCUCUGAUCCAGAGCCACUACAGUAGUGAGUCAUUUAACAGACUCUCUGAUCCAGAGCCACUACAGUAGUGAGUCAUUUAGCAGACACUCUGAUCCAGAGCCACUACAGUAGUGAGUCAUUUAACAGACUCUCUGAUCCAGAGCCACUACAGUAGUGAGUCAUUUAACAGACUCUCUGAUCCAGAGCCACUACAGUAGUGAGUCAUUUAACAGACUCUCUGAUCCAGAGCCACUACAGUAGUGAGUCAUUUAACAGACUCUCUUAUCCAGAGCCACUACAGUAGUGAGUCAUUUAGCAGACUCUCUGAUCCAGAGCCACUACAGUAGUGAGUCAUUUAACAGACUCUCUGAUCCAGAGCCACUACAGUAGUGAGUCAUUUAACAGACUCUCUGAUCCAGAGCCACUACAGUAGUGAGUCAUUUAACAGACUCUCUGAUCCAGAGCCACUACAGUAGUGAGUCAUUUAACAGACUCUUAUCCAGAGCCACUACAGUAGUGAGUCAUUUAACAGACUCUUAUCCAGAGCCACUACAGUAGUGAGUCAUUUAACAGACUCUUAUCCAGAGCCACUACAGUAGUGAGUCAUUUAACAGACUCUCUGAUCCAGAGCCACUACAGUAGUGAGUCAUUUAACAUACUCUCUUAUCCAGAGCCACGACAGUAGUGAGUCAUUUAACAGACUCUCUGAUCCAGAGCCACUACAGUAGUGAGUAAUUUAACAGACUCUCUGAUCCAGAGCCACUACAGUAGUGAGUCAUUUAACAGACUCUCUUAUCCAGAGCCACUACAGUAGUGAGUCAUUUAGCAGACUCUCUGAUCCAGAGACACUACAGUAGUGAGUCAUUUAACAUACUCUCUGAUCCAGAGCCACUACAGUAGUGAGUCAUUUAACAGACUCUCUGAUCCAGAGCCAGUACAGUAGUGAGUCAUUUAACAGACUCUUAUCCAGAGCCACUACAGUAGUGAGUCAUUUAACAGACUCUUAUCCAGAGCCACUACAGUAUUGAGUCAUUUAACAGACUCUUAUCCAGAGCCACUACAGUAGUGAGUCAUUUAACAUUGUCUCUUAUCCAGAGCCACUACAGUAGUGAGUCAUUUAGCAGACUCUCUGAUCCAGAGCCACUACAGUAGUGAGCCAUUUAACAGACUCUUAUCCAGAGCCACUACAGUGGUGAGUCAUUUAACAGACUCUCUGAUCCAGAGCCACUACAGUAGUGAGUCAUUUAACAGACUCUUAUCCAGAGCCACUACAGUAGUGAGUCAUUUAACAGACUCUUAUCCAGAGCCACUACAGUAGUGAGUCAUUUAACAGACUCUCUGAUCCAGAGCCACUACAGUAGUGAGUCAUUUAACAUACUCUCUUAUCCAGAGCCACGACAGUAGUGAGUCAUUUAACAGACUCUCUGAUCCAGAGCCACUACAGUAGUGAGUCAUUUAACAGACUCUCUGAUCCAGAGCCACUACAGUAGUGAGUCAUUUAACAGACUCUCUGAUCCAGAGCCACUACAGUAGUGAGUCAUUUAACAGACUCUCUGAUCCAGAGCCACUACAGUAGUGAGUCAUUUAACAGACUCUUAUCCAGAGCCACUACAGUAGUGAGUCAUUUAACAGACUCUUAUCCAGAGCCACUACAGUAGUGAGUCAUUUAACAGACUCUUAUCCAGAGCCACUACAGUAGUGAGUCAUUUAACAGAUUCUCUGAUCCAGAGCCACUACAGUAGUGAGUAAUUUAACAUACUCUCUUAUCCAGAGCCACGACAGUAGUGAGUCAUUUAACAGACUCUUAUCCAGAGCCACUACAGUAGUGAGUCAUUUAACAGACUCUCUGAUCCAGAGCCACUACAGUAGUGAGUCAUUUAACAGACUCUCUUAUCCAGAGCCACUACAGUAGUGAGUCAUUUAGCAGACUCUCUGAUCCAGAGCCACUACAGUAGUGAGUCAUUUAACAGACUCUUAUCCAGAGCCACUACAGUAGUGAGUCAUUUAGCAGACACUCUGAUCCAGAGCAACUACAGUAGUGAGUAAUUUAACAGACACUCUGAUCCAGAGCCACUACAGUAGUGAGUCAUUUAACAGACUCUCUGAUCCAGAGCCACUACAGUAGUGAGUCAUUUAACAGACUCUCUUAUCCAGAGCCACUACAGUAGUGAGUCAUUUAACAGACUCUCUUAUCCAGAGCCACUACAGUAGUGAGUCAUUUAACAGACACUCUGAUCCAGAGCCACUACAGUAGUGAGUCAUUUAACAGACUCUCUUAUCCAGAGCCACUACAGGAGUGAGUCAUUUAACAGACUCUCUGAUCCAGAGCCACUACAGGAGUGAGUCAUUUAACAGACUCUCUGAUCCUGAGCCACUACAGUAGUGAGUCGUUUAACAGACUCUCUUAUCCAGAGCCACUACAGGAGUGAGUCAUUUAACAGACUCUGUGAUCCAGAGCCACUACAGUAGUGAGUCAUUUAACAGACUCUCUUAUCCAGAGCCACUACAGUAGUGAGUCAUUUAACAGACUCUCUUAUCCAGAGCCACUACAGUAGUGAGUCAUUUAACAGACUCUCCUAUCCAAAGCCACUACAGUAGUGAGUCAUUUAACAGACACUCUGAUCCAGAGCCACUACAGUAGUGAGUCAUUUAACAGACUCUCUUAUCCAGAGCCACUACAGUAGUGAGUCAUUUAACAGACUCUCUGAUCCAGAGCCACUACAGUAGUGAGUCAUUUAACAGACUCUCUGAUCCAGAGCCACUACAGUAGUGAGUCAUUUAGUAGAUGCUCUUAUCCAGAGCCACUACAGUAGUGAGUCAUUUAGCAGACGUUCUUAUUCAGAGAUACUACAGUAGUGAGUCAUUUAGCAGAUACUCUUAUCCUUACAGUAGUGAGUGCAUUUUUGUACUGUUUUUCAUACUGGUCCGCAGUGGGAAUCGAACCCACAACCCUGGCGUUGCAAGCGCCAUGCUCUACCAACUGAGGAUUUAAAGGAUUUAACAGAGUACAGAUAGAACAGACAAUAUCAUUUCUACCUGCUGUUUCAUUCCGCAUGUUUCCAUUAAUAUCUCAGAGAUGGCGUAUGAGCCAUUGAUAAAGAUAGGAACAUGUUCCAAUGGCAGUAGAACAUCUAAUGGUAUAAAAUCUUUGAUUUUUAUUUUAUUUUAUUUUUUUUACCUUUAUUUAACUAGGCAAGUUAAGAACAAAUUCUUAUUUACAGUGAUGGCCUACCAAAAGGCAAAAAGGCCUCCUGCAGGGGAAGGGGGCUGGGAUUGAGAAAUACAUUCAAAUAUAGGACAUGAAUGAGAUGACUAAUCGAGUGGCUUUAGCGUUGGAAAUGAGAUGGUAUGUGAGGAUGACACAAUUAGCCCACAAAUUAGGGUGUGCCAUUUUCAUUUUACUCUACAAAUCCACUGAUGAUUCAGGCUUGUUAACCUACAUUGACGUUUCAGGUUCAGGCUUGUUAACCUACCAAUGACCUAUCCUACAUCACCUAACCUCAGCUACCUAUCUUCAUGUGGAUGGUGUUUUUGAAAACAAACAAAAAAAAGGCAUAUGAUUUAAGACAACUGUACAAUUUCACAACUUUUUUUUUGAUCUACAGUACAAAGACAGUACAAGCACAAGAACACUCUUAAAACGUACACUGUACGGUGGUAUUUGUACUGUAACGUGUUAGACAGCAUCUCAUGGUCUGUUGAGCAGCCAUCCAUUGUAUGUCACUAUCCCAUCACCCAAUAUGUUACUGUACGACUCAGAGGGUCAUUCGUCUUCUAUUCAUUUUCUCCCUAUUUGUUAUCCUCUUUGGCAUAGCACAGUGUCACACAACUAAAACUUAUUUUGGUUUUGUACUGUACUUUAAUCAAUUUGUUAAAAAAAUAUAUUAUAAUAAUAAUAAUAUCCACAUUUGUAUGGUGAGAAAUGUAAUGUAAGAGACCUGGUGUUGAAAUGAUGUUCCAUUCUGUUGAACAGGUGCAGACAGUUUUGUUCCAAGCUUUUCUCAGUCCAAUAUAUUUUGUGCGUUUAUAGUGAGAUGACAUUUAUAUUGUACUUUUAAAUAAUAUUUUGAUCUGGCACUACUUUGUUUAAUUUACUUCUCGAGGUGCAAGAGAAAAUCUACCUUAUGUCUUUGUGUGUUCACAUCUGUCUCAAGCGAUAUCUUUCGGGAAAAGACUAAUGCACAAUUUGGAUUUCAAUGGGCGGGGAGAGAACUUUGUUGAGUAACAGUGCUCUCAAUAAAUUCCAAACUUUUGUAACCACG